AAAUACAAUUACAAAUGGCGUUUACGUAGUGUAGACAGAUGUGUUCACGGCCACGAUGGGCGAUGAUUCUUUGAUAUUACGAGAAGAUGGUUAUAUACGUAUGAACUUUCCUGUUUCUUCUCUAACUUAUCAUAGCAACUUAAAUAUAAUUUUGGUGAAGACUGACAGAUGUGGUGUACACGUUUUGGAUGUGAACUCGGGUGUGAUACUGCAGUCUUCUCGUCUGUCAGCGGAUGAGUGUGGUAAACUCGGGGUGGAGUAUGCGCCGGGCGCGGACCGAGUGUUCGUGUGGGACGGGAGCGGAGUGGGCGCGCGCACCGACUACAAUGGGGUGCUGCUACUGCACACUGCGCUGCAGCGCCCGCUGCCCUCGUCACAGCCCGACAAGAUCAUAAGGAUCGAGCUCGUACUGUCUGAGGCUGUCCUGCUGUACCAAUGUCUGCAGAGUCUAGACGCACACUCGAUCGAGGGCCUCACAGACUUCAUCAACGAGUUGAAGCGCUCCAUCGAUGUGAUACCUGUCAGGAAAGGAGUCAAGGCACAAAAGUGGAGCACAGUGACCAUCCGCCUACCACAGUCUACCCUCCGGCUAGUCACAACAGGCGUAGUCCAGGAGUUGAAGGGUCAGAACCGGCGGAUACCUGCCUUAGCCAUCGCGUCAGCUGUCGGGCAACGAGCCAAUGAGCUGGUGCCGUGCUCCCGGGAUGAGGAGACCAGGCCUCUUAUGUACAGCGAGGCGGAAAGGAAGGAGACCUUCAAACGGUGGCCGCAUAUGGACUACAAAUGGGCGCUCCCGGCUCGCAUGGCUCAAGCCGGGUUCUACCACCAGCCGUCCCCCAGCGGCGACGACCGCGCCAUGUGCUUCACGUGCCUCGUGUGCCUCGUCUGCUGGGAGAAGUCCGACGAGCCCUGGGUGGAGCACGAGCGGCACUCGCCGAACUGCCCCUUCGUCAGGGGCGAGUAUACGCACAACGUGCCUAUCUCUGUGACGAACGCGACAGCAUGCGCGGUGCCGUGUACCAACGUGUCAGUCGUGUCGAAGGGCAACACCGGGGACCUGAUCGCGACGGGCACUCCUGAGGGCAAAGUCAACAUCUGGCGGUUCGACUGCGGCCUCAAAUUGGUCAAGUUCAUUCACCUUUCGCCGUAUGACUCGAUAUUUAGCGGCAUAUUGGCGACCGAUAGUAAUAAAGUAUGGUCUGCGAGCUUGGAGAAGGAUAGUUCUACAUACGGCGUCGAGCUGACGGCGAUGGCAUUCGUCGGGAUGACGUCGCAACAGGAAGCGUACCCACAAACACAGACCACGGAGAGUACGGAGAAGGAGACCAACACCAACAAGACCAAGCCUUCCCUCAUCUGCGCCGUCGUCAUCACCCGGACCAACUCGCCACAGACCGACCAGCCCAUCAAGGAAGACUCCAGUAAAGCACUCUUCGACUCUGGAGGCGACAAGGAAAGUGUUCAAGCAAUGAACGACCAGAACGAGGCAAAGAACAAUCUCACAACAAACAAAAUGCUGUUCCUACUAACGUAUGACAUACACAGCUCACUAGCCGGCUCCAUCACCACUGUGGUACACACCUCCAACAGCAGCGGCAACUCCAAGCCGGGCGGCAGCAAGAAAGUGUGCACCGUGGCCAGACCAGACGACGCCAACAUAUACGACGAGAUAUACUACCAGUACUCCGACGAGGACACAGAGCUUCCACAAUGCACAAAUAGCUUGCUAGACGAACAGAUCAGUAACGUUAUUAACCUAAACGCUUCGUCCAGUAAGGAAGACUGCAAGAUGUGGGAACCCAAGAAGAUUAUACUGCCGAAGCAUUUCAAAGUGAUGCCCCCUCCUCCCCCCACGGCGUUGUUACCCGAGUUGCAAGAGGCUGCACAACAAGCCACCAUGCUAGACUUUGUAGGCAAGAUCUCGCAACUCAAGAGUUGGAAGAGUGGUAAUCUAGACUCUGUUGGUACUAAAUUAGCAGACCAACCAGACGCGGUGUUGCAACAAGCCGACCCUAUAACACACUAUCUCAACAUGAAUGGACCUCUGGAGAUCUCCGACUUGAAGUGGUACGAAGGUGGGGAUGGAACAGAAAAAGUCAAAGUGACUACAUUCGGGGGCGGGAGCAAGGUGGGCACACAGACAGCCAUCACUAACAGUAAUAACGACGGCUUCGACAGCGAUCCACCGCAGGAAGAGGCAGUCUCGCAGGGCAUAGCUAUCCAGUGUCUCAGUCUUCCAACCAAACUUAGCUUAAAAGAGGACUCUAAAGUCACACACCUAUUUCCGACGGAAGAUAAGGAACAUUUGCUCGUAGUUAUAUCGACCAUCGACCCUGAACAGGUCAAGGACGAGGAGGAGACUGACAACGAUGGUGACACUAAAAUGGAAAUAGACGAGGUCACUGAACCCAGUGACAAGCCCAAAUCUGACGCUAAGGCGUACUUCAUCUUGUACAAGAUUAACAAUAAAACGUCAAUAUACACUUUGGAAGACAACCCGGUUUCAUACAAAGAGUUACCUUUCAACGAGAGUCCUGUAGAUCUGUGCUUGUUACCAGCUGAUAAACAUGAUCAGUAUUCGUUCGCGGCUGUCGGCCUUGACGGCUGUUUAAGACUGUAUUCAUUGCCUGACUUCAAGACUCUCUCAGAGAAGCGUGUACCGAAAGGACAGUUCACCUCAGUUGUGUUUUGUGCAUCUGUAGAACGGCUCAGUGUAUCUACUAAACAUGGAAUGAUAUACUUCUACGCGUUGAAUAACGGUGAGAAGGAUAACACAGGUGAUAUUGACGAGGAUGAAUUCGCUAACAUAGAUUUCGACAUGUUACAGCGAGCGCCGCGGGACGAGGUCUGCGGGCCGUCCCCGGCGCCCGUCAUCAUUGCCAAUAAGACUGAACUAGACUUGUCAGACUUAGAGACUUUGAUAUAUUUGACUGGUUACUACGGUACCAACACGACAGUGCCUUACAGCGCGGUUGUACCCGGCUUCUGGUGCGAGUUGUCGCCUGCACAGAGGUCUCGCUCGGAUCACCAGAAUAACAGGACUUGGCGAUUGCAGAAUACUUCUUCGACGUGGGACGAACACGUGUUAGAGCUUACCUUGCCUUACAGUGUCUCAUUAGCGCAUAUAGAGUUCGGUUUCACCUUACACUCAGCUUGCUCAGCCAAUCUUCCUAUCAUACUGGUAACAUUGCUCAAACAAAACCUUCACGGUAUUGGGUACAAGAAAGACGCGUCUUUCGGCCAUAGACCAGACUCGCCGAUACACUUUCCAGUAAUAGACGCCGACAUGUCGAAUCUCGAGAACCCUGUGAACAGCGAGGAGUAUCUGCAAGCACAUAACGCUGAGAUCUUAGCGGGACCUUUAUUACUGUCUUCCGGACUUGACAUGACCCAGCAAUCGGGGACUUUGAUACUGACCAGCCCUCGGCUAUAUAGAGCUAGAGGACGAACCUUCCUCAUUCAUAUUAAGACACUUUUCGAUCCAGCUAAAGAUAUGAGUAAAGGCACAAACAAAACUGGCGAGAGCAGCUCUAAGAAGACUGGUUUUAUCGGCUGCGACUGGCUGCACCAGAUUUCAUUGACCGUUCGCUCCAGCCCACACACUGACAUCGCUAUGGAGAGACAGCAACGGAUAGCUAUGUUAGAGUCGAAUAGCUUCUUGAACACUUUGUGCGAAAUAUCGAUAAACAACGCUAACCCUGAGAUGAGGAACAUAGCCAUGGACCUGUUAAUUUGGGUCGUGUCUAUAAGACUACAACGUAUGCGACUUGCGAAGACGGAAAAAGGAAAAGACAAAACUGUGGAAACACAACAGUUGGAGUGUGUUAAAAUUAUUGAGAAACAUACCGAUGCACUGAUAAAGAAUUGCAUUCUAUGCGCCAAUAGGAGCAUGGCAAAGAAAUGCGUCAAAAUUCUUCUCAUUACUAGCGAGGGUGAAAAACAAUUGCCGAAACCAUGGAAGUCAACAUUCGAGACGACAUUAUCGAACAGUGUAUGUGCUUGUAUACCGUAUGUCGGUGCCAGCGUGUCGGCCGGUGCGGUCCGCUGGUUGGCGGCACUGGCUCAGCAAUGUACCGCGCGGGCGAUGGCGCCGGCGUUAGUGGCGAAAUGUUUGGCGCUGCUGGAAAGAUCGGCACGGUGCUUGAGAGAUAGACCUGAUGUGUAUCACAGCUUGUUGAGGGCUAGAUUCGGUCUCUACGGUCUUCCAUUAGAGCGAACGAUAUUCGCGACAGAGAUCCCGGAACAAGGACGGGGCACUUCCACCCCGGUGACGUACGCCAGCGUGCUAGCCGGAGACACUAGCACGCCGCCCGUGCCCAAGCCUGACUACCAGCUGAAGGAGCUGCUUAACCUGCCGCUGGACUUGGAUUCAAAAACAGCAGUAACAUCAACCGCUUGGUGGGCACAAAACAACGGCGUUGGCGUGUUCGGCGCCGGCCUCAGUGAAGCCAUGCCUCUCCACGUGACGUGCCACGUGGCCUCCGACGGCACCAAGCUCGAGUCCAGCGGCGCCAGGCAUCACUCCGCUGUGGUCAGCUCGCUGCCCGGCGCCGGUCCGGGGGAUCCUAGUCAGCAACUGUGGUCGGUCGUGAAAGAAGGCCAGAUGAAGCAGUCGUCACAAGACCCUGACUCCUUGGAAGAUGUCGAGAGCUCCCUCAUGGAGUGUGAUCCUCAGGACAAGAUGGAGUUCUCCGAAGAGAAGCUUUUCAAGGAUCAGGAACAAUGCGGCAUACCAUGGGCGUCGCUGGUGACUCGGCCGCCGCAACACACGCUAGUUGUGGAACGAAUGCACUCGGGCGCGAGACGGUACAUCGUGCUGGACUUCGGACAUGCUGUUAAACUUACUGAUGUUAUAAUACCAUCAUGCUCCGACUUAGUGACCCUCUGCAUCGAUAUUUGGGUGACCGGCGAAGAGACGGAUUGCGUGAAGCUUGCCUUCGCAACUGACAUCGCGACCAAACAUCUAGUGCUGACUGAUAUACAGCCACCGCCUAUUUGCCGUUAUAUGAAGAUAACCACAAUAGGCAGAUACGGCAUGUCGGCCAUGAAGUGUAAGAUCCCGCUGGGCUGGUUCUACGGCGAGAUUGCAGAAAUAGCGCAUGUACAGCCUUCUAUCAAUGCGCUUAAUGCUCUGCAUCAGGACUUGACGUGCCGGUUCAGAUUAGCAACCGGCAAACUAAUGGACCUUCUCAACCCGUACCUCGAACUAUACAACGGGAACGCAGCCCACAUGAUGUCGUACCUUAACAUUAACAACGAAACCGACACCAAGGUCGUCACCGCCUACCAGGAGUGCAUAGAACUACAACAGCAACUGCAUACCUGCACCAGUAUACUGAGAAAGCUCCAGAAUAAUCCGGAAAGUUCUAGAAACUUGCCUGAGUUGAUCGAUAAGGGCGCGGUGUCGUCGGAAGCGCUGUUAGAAGCGGCUUCCACGGAUAAGCUGAGAGUGAUCAGUGAGAUGAUUGUGGAUAUGUUAUUGUAUUUCUACUUCCAAGUUGGUGAUGUGCAAUACGCGGAGGUGAGCCAGUCGUGGUGCGCGACGGUGCUGCCGCUGGUGUGGGAGUGGGGCGGGCGCGGCGCGGGCGCGCUGGCCACGCUGCUGGCGCGCGCGGCGGGCGCGGCGCCCUGGUGGGGCGCGCUGCUGGCCGACACGCUCACCAACGCCUUCGCGCUCUAUGACGCGCCGCCUACAUCGCUCGACAAAUGCUUGGUGCUGAUAAUCUACAUGUCGCGCAAGAGCUUAUUCUCGCACACGACGGCGGAGGGCGGCGUGUGCCCGGCGCUGGCGACGCGCGCGCUGGAGCUGGUGCGCGCGCCACGUCCGGCGCCCGCGGUGACCGCCGCGCUACUGACGGCGCUCGCCGCCGUGCUCGACACUGUGGCGCACUCCAGCAGACACGCCAGAUGGGACUGGGUGACGGGCGGUCGUGCAGGCGGCUCGCACUCGGGCGGCGAGGCGCAGGGCUCCCCGCGGGCUAACGAGUGCAAGCUGCACCGACGCAAGCUGCAUAAGAAGCUGCUGCAUCAGAUGCAGGAGCUGGAAGCCGCUAGGAGGGGGAUACAGGUCGCGCUUGAAGAUCAACAGCGUGCCCGCCUCAGCCUAAAAGCCCGUAUGGCCAUGGUUGGCAAGCGAGGCGGUUCCCGCGGCGAGUCGUCCAGCUCUUCAGGUUCAGACGCGGUGCGGCCGCGGCCCCUACCGGCGGCGUUAGCGGCGCGACUGGCGCAUGCCCUGGUGGCACACAUGCUGGCUGCUGACACCUGCUCCCAUGCUGAUGCACUCAUGUUGGCAGCUAAGGUAGUGGGAAGGCUAUGCGCUUUAUCAGGCGGCGCCAGCUUGCUGGAUCCUUCAUGCAUCCUCGGCUUAGCAAGACUGGCGGUCACUCUGCCACCCUGGCCGAGACACGCAUUGACAACGCUGCUUCAGGACCUAGUCGAAUACGAAUCAGGAGAUUCCCCCUCGAGUCCUCCAAACGAGGAAUCAUGGAGCGGCGCGGGUUCCUCCCGCGUUAUCCGCGUGCACUCCAUACCCGGAGCCGCUCCCGGCGUCAAAACGCGCAAGUUCAAGGGACCUACUGUUGCAGAUUUGUUAGCGGAUAGUUUUGGUCUGGGGAAGACUACCAACUUCAAGCCCAAACUAUUUUCCACAGCAGGUGUCAAUUUAGCAAAUAUCGAUGUGGAGGAGCAGUUGACUCAGGUAGCUGAGUCUGAUGACUCGGAGUCUUCGGAAGAGAAGUUAGAACAAUACUUUAUUGAUGCUGUCAAGAAGGAGACCAGGACGAAACUGGUUGUUGAUAAUAGUUCAAGCAACGUAUCAGUAUGCUGGGACGCGCGUCUAGAAGCGGGAGGUGGAGGCUGCGGCGGCGCAGGCGAGGCCCACGCUCGUCGCGCUCUACUGGGUACCGCGGGGGCCCUAGCGGCCGCCGUGCGGGCCCCGCCCCCGGCCCCGCCGCCGCCGCCGCGGGCCCCGCCGCCACCGCACAGGCCUCACCCGCCACUUACACAUACGCUCUAUGAUGUGUUCAGACAUCUGGCGUUGGAGUUCCAUUAUCAGAUGGACUGCACAUUCAUGGAGAACGUGAUCUCGCUGUGGCUGACGCUGAACGGGUCGGCGUGGGGCAGCGGCGGCGCGUGGUCGCUGGCCACGCUGGCCGUGCCCGCCGACACGCCGCGCAUCCGCCUCGCCUCCGACACCGUCAACGCCACGCUGCACUCGCUCUGCACGUUAGAAAACAUAUCACUGAGAUGCUGGGUGUUAUCAAUGCAAGCCUUGGCGUGGAUUGCGAGCUUGCCUUUACAGACUGAAGGAAGUAGCACUCAGACUAUGGGUCGCGUUAUAUUGGAGUGCGAGCAUUUCGUGCCGGCCCUAGUUAAGUUUAUUACUAUGAAUGUCAACACGGAUGGUGCUGUUUCUUCUUCUGAACCUUAUUUGGGCGGCGCUCAAAUCGGCGCUGGAGCUGGCGCAGCCUCCGCCUUACACUCCGUGGUAUCCCGCGUCAUAUGCGCCCGCGGCGCGGCCGGAGCCCUGGCGGCCCUGCGCGCCGUGUGCGGCGUGUGGCGGCGCGAGGCGGAGGCGGGGCAGGCCUACGACCUGCAGGCCACGCUGCUGCGCCUGGCGCACCCCAUGCUGCAGGUGCUGGCGGCCCGCCAUGUGCAUCACGCGCUGCCGCUCUUCCUUACUGUCGCACAUCAGUCAGUAUGGUGGGUGCGCGAGAGCAGCGGCUGGCGCGGCUCCGGCGGCUCGGAAGCCCGACUGUCCGGCCUGCUCGCCGACGUGCUGGCUGGCGGCGGCUCCGGGGCCGCGCGCCGGGCCCCGCUGCGCCGAGCAGUGUUGGCGCAGCUGCUGCAUUACUGCCGCAAGCUGCUCGCUGUGCCGCUGCCGCCGCAGCAUCUGCCGGCUGCUUCGUCAUCAAGCCCUUCAGUAUCAACAAGCGGAGAGCAAUCACAGACAGAUGAGAGUAAGGCACAAAACAGCAGCACCGCCGAGGCGACCAAUGUGGAAGACGAGAGGAAACAGCAGGCAGCGAGGACGCCGUGCUUUGCUGACACUGUACUGCAACAUCAACAAAUCAUGCAGAAGUUCUACAGGACGCUCUCGAUAUGCGACGGCAUGAACACCGUUGCUUUGAAUUCAGGCAUGAGUUCAGAGCCAUCGUCUCUGAAGGAAGAGGUGUUCUGGUUAGUGGCCCACAUGGCUACCGUGGCAUCAAACCCAGCACUCAUGGUUACAAGCCUCAUGGAGUUCCUCAAGAAAGAAGAAGUAGUGAAUCUAUCUCAAGCGAUGCAACAGCUAAUUAUCCGAGUGCUCGACUAUCCAGAGGCACUCGCCGCUUUCAUAGACGCGGGUGGCCUAGAACUCGCGCUUGAAAAACUUACUGCUUGUCAUCAGGCCGGUCCCAGCAGCGGACAAGGCUUAGUCUCGUCUCUAAUGAACUACCUGAAGCUGCCGCCACAAAUGAUGAACUUGUCCACACCAGCGUCGGGCAACAAGAAGAACCAAACGCCUGUUAUUGAGACCGCUAAUGGAUUGGUUAACAUUGCUCCGCUAUGCACGGUAUCGUGCGGCAACCCAACAGCGCAAGCCGCCGACGUACUUCUGGACGGCGGCGGCGGCAUGAGCGUCCGCGGCGCGUGCGCGGCUCGGCGCGUCCGCGCGGCCGCGUGGUCCUACCACUUCUUCAGCGCGGACGACGCCUCGCUUGCUCUGACGCUGACGCUGCCGUAUGCUGUGCAGCUGCAUGAAGUCCAGUUGCAGCCACAUCUUACUAGUUUGGCUACCUGUCCGGGCGCCGUGGGCGUGGAAGCCGGUUGCGGCGGUACCCUAGCUCCAUUAGGUCCUCCUCAAAGCACUGCCGGCAUGACCUUCAUCCGUCUCGUGGUAGCCCGACCAGUGGUCUGCACCACUGUACAGAUCAGACUGUACAAGCCUCGAGAUUCGUCGAAUAUGGGCUUGUUGCAGUUGAGGCUGUUGGCUGCUCCGGCCUUCAAUAGUCUUACUACUACGCCUGUUACCAGCAACAACUGGGCCUGCGUAGUGGCAGCAUGCACCCGCGCCGGCAGCGCGGCCGGGGCCCGCCUCGCCCGCUCCCGCGCGGGCGGCGCCGUCAGCGCGCUCUGCGCCUGCGUGGCGGCCGGCGGCGCCCCCGCCACGCAUGCGCACGCCGCGCUGCUGGCGGCUGCAAGGCAUGCGCCGGAACUGAGGGGCCCGUUGAUCACGGCGCUGUUGAAUAUGGACGCCCAUGCGCAUGCUCAUGCUUUCCAAGCACCCACAAACGGCCGCGUGAACGGCAGCAUGUGGGCGGUGUGCGAGCUGGUGCGGCAGCUGUGCCGCUGGUGCGCGGACGGCGCGGUGGCGGCCUACGUGCAGUGGCUGGCCGCCGCCGCCGAGCUGUGGCUGCGCCAGCGCGAGCCGCCGUCCGCUGCGCUCACGCACACACUAGCAUCGGUACUAUGGACACUGAAAGAGAAACGUAUACUGGAUAAUUUGGAAGAGCUGAUCACGGAUGAUCUGUUCGAGUUGGUGUACACGUGGGUCAAGGAUGUGCCCGAAUCUAGUCUGCUCAAGAAAUCAUUAGACGCCAUUUUAUGUUCCAUGUGUUACAUCAGGCCAGAACUAUUCAGAAUGCUACUAGAACAUAUGGAUAUACCUAUGGAUCAAGACGAAAGUAUGGAAGGUCUAACCGACGACACAAAAGUGCAGUCUCCGAGCGCAACCCCCUCAGCGCCAUCAUCAUCAGCCACCGCAGCCCCCGUGUCCUGGGAGGCUCGUGGCUGGCAGCUGCAGACCAUUGCGGCGGCUGCCAUGUCGCCGGCCGCUACACUCGCGUUGCUGCACUCCAGGCUACCCGCUGCCGUUGUUAAGGCUAUUGCUGACUUUAGCGAAGCAAAACUAGAAUUAAUCAAGAACCAACAAGGCACCGCAGAAGAUGUGCAAAUGACCGACCCGGACAAGGACUCCCAGUCUAAGUCGGACCUGCCUUCUAUGAAGAGUGUGCACCAGCUCGUGGAGUGGGCUCGAGCUGUCUGCUUUUCCAAGAGGCUGAAGGACUGGUUGGGAGGACCAGGGAACACCUUCUGGAAGCCGUUGCUCACGCUGCUGUGUCAUCCUAGACCGCAUUAUAGCAGUACAUGGCAGGAAGACGCUCAAUACGCUCAACUAGAAGAGAGCACGAUCCGUCUGUUCGCCGAGCUAACAGUAUGUCACCCCGCCAACCAGAAGCUUUUUGCGUCAACAUUACACAGCAUAUUGGAGUCCAUGCAGAGUACUGAGGGUAUCUCCGGGUUCACGCGGGCGCUGAUCCUGCGGCUGGUGCUGUCGCCGGAGCGCGUGUGGGUGUCGCUGCGCUGGGCGGAGGGCGGCGGCGCGGGCGCCGGCGCCGCGCACCCCGCCUGCCUCGGCCACGCCGUGCUGCCGCUGCCGCUGUGCAGCACCGUGCGCGCGCUGCUGGCCGACCACCGCCCGCCCAUGCCAAUAAUGGAAGACACAGCCAAGGUCUGCAUGAACAAUUCCCCAACUCCUGGCGGCAGUUCCGUGCUCCGCAGUGCUUCCGACACCGCCAUCACCACGGUAGCCGAGGCCUGGGAGCUCAGCCUGGCCGCCGCUAGUGCUUCCAAGGAUAAGCGGGUCAAAGAUGUGAAGAAUACGUCCUUGAAACAACAGAAUAAUAAGAAGAGGCAGACUAAGACGAGUAAUGAUGCGUCUGUGCUGUCUGUUACUGAUGAUUUAAUAGAAACAUCGAUCCGCGUGCAAGUGCCGGGGCUGGAGGGCUUCAUCCCGCCGAGCACGACGCUGGCGCAGCUGACGGCCGCCGUGCCGCACGUGUUCGGCCCGCACCUCGCGCUCACGCUGCAUCUCAACACUAACACUGAAGCGUGGACAGGCCCAACAUGGGAAGGUGCGAACACAAGCACAAACACAAACUCGAGCAGUACAAACGCAGCAGUGGGCGGGUCGGCCGUGCUGCGCUGGUUCGGCGCGGUGGGCGGGCUGGCGCUAGUCGCCGCCCGAUUGCCCCGCCCACAUGCCCCGCCCCCCGACCCGCCUGCGCUCGUGCACCACCAUCAUGAUCUCGACUGGGUCAAGCUCGACGAUCCUUACGAGUGUCCGUACUACUUGCAGGAGGUGGUGGAGCUGGGCGUGUCCUCCGCCCCCGGGCUGGAGGAGGGUGGCUGCACCGGCGUGCCCGCCCACGCGCUCAUCGCGCUGGGUUUGCUGCUCAAGCUGCCGGGAUAUGCUGACGCGUUGUUGGAUGAAGGCGCUAGGGCUUGUCAUUUGUUGAGGCUGCUGCUGGGUGUUACCCAUGAUGAGGAUGGACGCAGCAUCGCAGUAGGCGACGGCCGCUCGGGCUCGGGCUCGCUGGGCACGUUACCGUUCAGCGUGGUGGCCCGCCUGCUGGAGAGGGCGCCGCGCAACACGGACGACGGCCGAGCGUUGCGCCGAGCGUUGUUACAACGUGGAGCCGUGCGCCUGUUGUUGGCUUGUCUAGCUGUGUUCACGCAUCAUAAGCCUAAUUCUAAUGAUAACAGCCAGGGUUCGAACGGUUCAACGGGCAAGUCUGAGGAGAAGAGCCAGCUGUACUGGGCGAAGGGCACGGGCUUCGGCACGGGCUCCACGCAGCAGUCGUGGAACGUCGAGCAGGCGCUCGUCCGCCAGAGGACUGAGGAGGAACACGUCACUGUGCUGCUGCAGACACGAGCUGCAUCCCUGGUACUCGCAAGAGGAUGACGCCGGAAGAAAUCCAGCACUUGCUCUUCAAGAUGGGCAGAAUAUGGAGGCCUGCCUACGUCAACGGGUGGCGGGUCAAAGCGGAGGUGUUCACAGAACCUGUACACGGCAUUCAAAAUGGUGUGAUGGCUCACUCGCACACCAAACCUCAGCUGAAACAAGUUCACUGCAUGCGCAGAUACGGAGUUAGACUCGCGGUAGCACAAUACCAUUUCAAGGUAUUCUUGGUUGGAAUACCGAGUUGGUUGGAAUAAGUUAGUUCCGAGCGGGCGGGCGGCGGGUCGCGACUAGCGAGCGGUCGCGGGCGGUCGGCUGGCGCGUGCGACGAACGGGAUAGUGCGGGUGAGGGUGGGGGCGCGCAGGGCUGCGGCUAGACAGACUGUCGUCAACGCGCAGCCCCGCGCGCCCCCACCCUCACCCGCACUACCCCGUUCGUCGCAUGCGCCGGCGCCAGCGCCAGCGCCAGGCUGGCGGGGCUGCGGCUAGACAGACUGUCGUCAACGCGCAGCCCCGCGCGCCCCCACCCUCACCCGCACUACCCCGUUCGUCGCAUGCGCCGGCGCCAGCGCCAGCGCCAGGCUGGCGGGGCUGCGGCUAGACAGACUGUCGUCAACGCGCAGCCCCGCGCGCCCCCACCCUCACCCGCACUACCCCGUUCGUCGCAUGCGCCGGCGCCAGCGCCAGCGCCAGGCUGGCGGGGCUGCGGCUAGACAGACUGUCGUCAACGCGCAGCCCCGCGCGCCCCCACCCUCACCCGCACUACCCCGUUCGUCGCAUGCGCCGGCGCCAGCGCCAGCGCCAGGCUGGCGGGGCUGCGGCUAGACAGACUGUCGUCAACGCGCAGCCCCGCGCGCCCCCACCCUCACCCGCACUACCCCGUUCGUCGCAUGCGCCGGCGCCAGCGCCAGCGCCAGGCUGGCGGGGCUGCGGCUAGACAGACUGUCGUCAACGCGCAGCCCCGCGCGCCCCCACCCUCACCCGCACUACCCCGUUCGUCGCAUGCGCCGGCGCCAGCGCCAGCGCCAGGCUGGCGGGGCUGCGGCUAGACAGACUGUCGUCAACGCGCAGCCCCGCGCGCCCCCACCCUCACCCGCACUACCCCGUUCGUCGCAUGCGCCGGCGCCAGCGCCAGCGCCAGGCUGGCGGGGCUGCGGCUAGACAGACUGUCGUCAACGCGCAGCCCCGCGCGCCCCCACCCUCACCCGCACUACCCCGUUCGUCGCAUGCGCCGGCGCCAGCGCCAGCGCCAGGCUGGCGGGGCUGCGGCUAGACAGACUGUCGUCAACGCGCAGCCCCGCGCGCCCCCACCCUCACCCGCACUACCCCGUUCGUCGCAUGCGCCGGCGCCAGCGCCAGCGCCAGGCUGGCGGGGCUGCGGCUAGACAGACUGUCGUCAACGCGCAGCCCCGCGCGCCCCCACCCUCACCCGCACUACCCCGUUCGUCGCAUGCGCCGGCGCCAGCGCCAGCGCCAGGCUGGCGGGGCUGCGGCUAGACAGACUGUCGUCAACGCGCAGCCCCGCGCGCCCCCACCCUCACCCGCACUACCCCGUUCGUCGCAUGCGCCGGCGCCAGCGCCAGCGCCAGGCUGGCGGGGCUGCGGCUAGACAGACUGUCGUCAACGCGCAGCCCCGCGCGCCCCCACCCUCACCCGCACUACCCCGUUCGUCGCAUGCGCCGGCGCCAGCGCCAGCGCCAGGCUGGCGGGGCUGCGGCUAGACAGACUGUCGUCAACGCGCAGCCCCGCGCGCCCCCACCCUCACCCGCACUACCCCGUUCGUCGCAUGCGCCGGCGCCAGCGCCAGCGCCAGGCUGGCGGGGCUGCGGCUAGACAGACUGUCGUCAACGCGCAGCCCCGCGCGCCCCCACCCUCACCCGCACUACCCCGUUCGUCGCAUGCGCCGGCGCCAGCGCCAGCGCCAGGCUGGCGGGGCUGCGGCUAGACAGACUGUCGUCAACGCGCAGCCCCGCGCGCCCCCACCCUCACCCGCACUACCCCGUUCGUCGCAUGCGCCGGCGCCAGCGCCAGCGCCAGGCUGGCGGGGCUGCGGCUAGACAGACUGUCGUCAACGCGCAGCCCCGCGCGCCCCCACCCUCACCCGCACUACCCCGUUCGUCGCAUGCGCCGGCGCCAGCGCCAGCGCCAGGCUGGCGGGGCUGCGGCUAGACAGACUGUCGUCAACGCGCAGCCCCGCGCGCCCCCACCCUCACCCGCACUACCCCGUUCGUCGCAUGCGCCGGCGCCAGCGCCAGCGCCAGGCUGGCGGGGCUGCGGCUAGACAGACUGUCGUCAACGCGCAGCCCCGCGCGCCCCCACCCUCACCCGCACUACCCCGUUCGUCGCAUGCGCCGGCGCCAGCGCCAGCGCCAGGCUGGCGGGGCUGCGGCUAGACAGACUGUCGUCAACGCGCAGCCCCGCGCGCCCCCACCCUCACCCGCACUACCCCGUUCGUCGCAUGCGCCGGCGCCAGCGCCAGCGCCAGGCUGGCGGGGCUGCGGCUAGACAGACUGUCGUCAACGCGCAGCCCCGCGCGCCCCCACCCUCACCCGCACUACCCCGUUCGUCGCAUGCGCCGGCGCCAGCGCCAGCGCCAGGCUGGCGGGGCUGCGGCUAGACAGACUGUCGUCAACGCGCAGCCCCGCGCGCCCCCACCCUCACCCGCCCUACCCCGUUCGUCGCAUGCGCCGGCGCCAGCGCCAGCGCCAGGCUGGCGGGGCUGCGGCUAGACAGACUGUCGUCAACGCGCAGCCCCGCGCGCCCCCACCCUCACCCGCACUACCCCGUUCGUCGCAUGCGCCGGCGCCAGCGCCAGCGCCAGGCUGGCGGGGCUGCGGCU